CUCUCGCCUCGGCAGGCUCCCAACAUUGAGGCCUCCUCCUCGCCUCCGCCCCCCAAGCGGCGCCCCGAGCCCCAUUCUCCCCCGCCGCCCUACCCCGGGCUGUGGGGGCCCCGGCGGCUCUUCCCCUCCCCUCCUCGCUUGGUGCCCGUCCGGCUGCGCUGCGCCGAGCUUCCCAGCGCCAGGAAGCCGGGCGUUCCCCCGUGCGCCCUGCCGCCCGCUCCAUGGCGAGGGGAGCGCAGGCUGAAUCUCCAGGGCGGAGGAGGCGCCGGCGGCCGCAGCAGCAGCCACCGAAGCGCCCGCUGCCACUGCCGCUGUUGUGAGGGCUGCAGCGCCGGCGAAGCGGCGGGGAGCGGGCGCGGUGGCGGGGGGCCCAGCAUGAAGUCGCUGCUCCUGAGCCGCUUCUUGGUGCUGCUGCCCUGGGUGCUGCUGGUGAUCAUCAUGCUGGACGCGGACAGCAGCCACAGGGCGCCCCCUCCGGUGGCCGGCCUCGCCCGGCGGCCCCACUCCCCGCAGCAGCAGCAGCAGCAGCACGAGGGGGCGCCCCGGCGCCGGGAGGCCGAGCUGCCCAUCAUCUAUGCCAUCACGCCGACCUACAGCCGCCCGGUGCAGAAAGCCGAGCUCACGCGGCUGGCCAACACUUUCCGGCAGGUGGCGCGCUUGCACUGGAUCCUGGUGGAGGACGCCGCCGUGCGCACCGAGCUGGUCAGCCGCUUCGUGGCGGGACUCGCCGAAGCCGGGGGCCCGCCUUGCACUCACUUGCACGUGCCCACGCCCCCGCGCUACAAGCGGCCCGGCCUGCCCAGGGCCACCGAGCAGCGCAAUGCCGGCCUGGCGUGGAUCCGCCAGAGGCACCAGCACUUGCCAGCGCCGCAGCCCGGAGUGCUCUUCUUCGCCGACGACGACAACACCUACAGUCUGGAGCUCUUCCAGGAGAUGCGCACAACCCGUGAAGUGUCUGUUUGGCCUGUGGGGCUGGUGGGUGGACGACGCUAUGAGCGCCCCAUUGUGGAAAAGGGAAAGGUUGUUGGCUGGUACACUGGAUGGCGGGCAGAUAGACCUUUUGCCAUUGAUAUGGCAGGGUUUGCCGUGAGUCUUCAGAUAAUCUUAUCGAACCCUAAAGCUGUAUUCAAACGUCGUGGAUCACAGCCUGGGAUGCAGGAAUCUGAUUUUCUGAAGCUCAUAACCACAGUGGAAGAACUGGAGCCAAAAGCAAACAACUGCACAAAGGUUCUUGUAUGGCACACACGAACUGAAAAGGUAAAUCUAGCUAAUGAGCCAAAGUAUCACCUGGACACAGUCAAAAUUGAGGUAUGACCUGUAAACAUAAAAUGGGAUGUACCAAAACUAAUGGAGACAACAGUGUUAU